UGGGCAGAUUAGGUUCAUAUGGAGGCUGGAUUAACCUCCACCCGUAUGAUAAUCCGCGUCAGCAUAUUUCUUUCUCAAGUAGAGACAAUAGAGUUGCUUCUUAAUUCGUUAAGAGAAUUUGUGUUUGUUUUAUAAUUUUCUUCUUGAACUUAGACACCUUGCAGCUCCCUGUCCAGUCUGCCACGACACUGACAGAUUCCUAAACUGGACCGCCUUUGAUAAGCAUCCUAUGGUAUUUUGUUCAAGAUGGCGGUGGCGAGCAUGGAAAAGGACGCGAUAAACACCGAAGAUGAUCUUCACCUUAAUAAUUCAUUCGGAGAUGCUGGGCUUAUCUCCCCUGAUAAAGAAGACAUCUCCCGUAUUCUGACAGUUCCUUUCAGUGGACGGAUCAGAGGUGGGAUGAGGCCUGGGAAGAAGAUCAUUAUAAUGGGCAUCAUUGAUCCAGAGCCAGACAGCUUUGACAUCAGUUUGAACUGUGGCCACAGUGAGAAGAAAGAUGAUGAAGAGCUCACUGAUGUGGCCCUUAAACUCAGCGCACGAUUCACUGAAAGGCAGUUCCUGAGGAAUGCCAGAGUCUCUGGGAAAUGGAGUGAGGAGGAGACACCCAUAGCUUACUUUCCCUUCAUCCCGGACCAGCCUUUCAGGAUUGAGAUCCAUUGUGAGCACCAGCGUUUUAGGAUCUUUGUGGAUGGACACCAGCUGUUUGACUUUUAUCACAAAGUAAAGUCUUUGCUGGCCAUUAAUAUGAUCCGGAUAGUUGGGAGUCUUCAGAUCACCAAGCUUGGCUAAGCAAGCACGCCUGAGCACGCUCCAGAAAGGACUUCUCACAGGUGAACGCGCGCACCUGUGCAUUUGCCACAGGCAGUGAAGGCCUCUGGGCCGCAGCUCACACAAAGACAUCAACAACAUCUGCAUUUUCACUACUUUUGCCCCCUAACCUCUCAUUGGAGUGAUUUCUGAGUAUUGUAUCAUAACAGGUUGGUGAAUGGUUGCAUUGUCAGAUGUGUGUUUUCCAGUAUCCUUGCUUCACAUUGUAGCUUAUUUGUUUAGCUUUGAUAAUUUUUCAGGGAUCGCACACUUUGAUAUGCACUCUGUGGCAGUACCCAUACUCCACUGGGAUUUAGCUGCUCUCAAUAGACACUGCCAAUGUAGUCAUGCUGGUAGUCUAGCAGUGUAGUUUCAAAAUGAUCCAAAACUCAGGAAAUCAGAUAAAGUUGAUUUACUUUACAUUUUAUUCUGAUGUCAAAAAUGCUCUAAAUUAGUAUUAUUAGAUAGGCUGUCUUGACAAACUUUGGCUGCUAGAAUACAAGAGCUCAGAUUCAGCAUUUGCCAUUCCAUCUGGGUUUGAUUCGCGUUAAUUAAACUCAGUCAUUUUUAUUUUUUGUAAGGAAGAUGUUAUUUGAUCUCCAAAUUGUGUAGCAGGGUGAAUGGCAGACAUAUUUAAAUAGCAUACAUUUCCCCUCCUGUAUCUAUUCAUUGCAACUAUUCAUUUUUGGGAAAUAUAAUAUGUCGCACUGAAAUGUUGUAGAAUGUCACAUUUUAUUUAACUUGAGGUUAAGAGAAAGUUUUUAUUUUUGGGAAUGAAGUACUGAAAUUUGAUCAUCCAGUCAUUCUCUUCCAAGCCAGCACAGUAUUUAAGAACGACUGUAUAAUGUAA